CCACCGCGAACGGGCGCAACGCACCCGCGCCCGCCGUCCGUUGCGGCGCGGACCACCGCACCGGGAGCGCGGAGUUACGUAGUUGCAGGAGGGCGGUCGGGCGGUCGCGCGCCGGGCGUGACUCCGGCCGGCUAUGCUUCAGCGCGCGGCGAGCAACGCCUACUCCUGGUGGUGGGCGUCGCACAUCCGCACCACCCAGUCCAAGUGGCUCGACACCACCAUCCACGAGAUGGAGGACAGGGUGACGGCCAUGCUCAAGCUCAUCGGAGCGGACGGUGACUCGUUCGGCAAGAAGGCGGAGCUCUACUUCAAGAGCCGGCCCGAGCUCAUCAACCACGUCGAGGAGAUGUUCAGGUCCUACCAGGCGCUGGCCGACAGGUAUGACCGGAUAUCCAGCGAGCUGCAUAAGGCCAACCACACCAUUGCCACAGCAUUCCCGGACCAGAUCCAGUUCUCCAUGCAAGAUGGUGACGGGGAGGGGUUCCAGAAGGCGAUAUCCGGAAUUGAUCUCAGCAACUUCAAAUUUCCAGCGCUGGAAGGCUUGCCAAUGGGAUCACGUGGCGCUAGCCGGGGAACCAGCCCGGUCCCAAAGAGGACCCAGAUGCACCGGAGGAUCACCUCCCACAUGAACAAGGAAAAUGCGCAGGAGGAGAUUGACAAGCUGCAAAAGCAAAUCCUGGUGCUGCAGACUGAGAAGGAGUUCUUGAAGACCUCUUAUGACAGCGCGCUAGGUAGGUAUCUGGACAUUGACAGGCAGGUGGUGGAGCUACAGGAUGAAGUUUGCAGUUUGCAAGAUGCUUUUAGCACCGGCACGGCCAUUGAAGACAAUGAAGCCCGGGCAUUGAUGGCUGCACGAGCCAUUAUGUCUUGUGAGGAUACGUUGGUUAAUUUGCAGGACCAGCAAAAUAGAUCGUCUGAAGAGGCAAAAACGGAGUUCAAACGAUUCGUUGAAGCAAAGAAGAAGCUUGAUACAUUCAAAGCUGAGUGCGGGCAGCCUCAUACGCAAAUUGAUGAACCUUAUAACAGUGGCACAGAACUCAUCCAUGCAAUUCCAACUGGGGAUGGUGAUGACUCUAUUCAGAAUGAGAUUAGGUUUGACCUGCAAGAAGUGUGCCAAAAGGUCAAAGAACUAAUUGAACUGCACCCGGAGGUAUCGGUGGCUGAUUUAGCAGAUAAGGUUGACCGACUUGUGGAGAAGGUGAUUGAUCUGGAGCUUGCUACCACGUCACAGAAUGCUCAGAUCAACAGAAUGAGGACUGAGAUAGAUGACCUUCACAAGCGCCUGCAAGCCUUGGAGGAAGACAAGUCGGCUUUAGUUGCUGAUUCCAGUAAGCUGGUCGACAGAUUGAAGCAAAUUGAAGUGGUUUUGCAAGCAGUUCAACAAAUUGGAAAGUCCAUAACAAAUGGGACAGAGAAUAUUCAUAAAGAAAUGAAUGAGGCCUGCAGUGAACUUGCUGAAUUUGUAGAAAAACUGCAUGAAUCUGAGCCCCAGAACAGUGAUUUCAUGAAUCCAUUCCUAGAGUCAAAAUGUCAAGAAGAAGAUUCAAAAGUAACAAGUCAAUAUGCAAAGAAACAAACAUCCGAUUCAUUAGAUGGUUCAAAGAAUGAAGUCGAGAAACAUGAUAAAGGCUCCAAGGGUCCUUUGGUGCAGGAACAUCCUGACACAAAUGGAUCUGAUGGUGAGGAGAAGAUUUUAUUUGAAGAGUAUGUAUCUGUCCUUCAGACCUACAAGGGUACAGAUCAAAAGCUUUCAGAAAUUGAGAAGAAAAAUCAAGAGUAUCAUACAAAGUCAAUGUCAGAGCUGAAGGAUCUGAAGAGUGCCAAUGCAAUGAAAGACGAGGAGAUUCACUCUCUUCGGCGCAUGCUAAGUUCUUUGCAGAGAAAGAUGAAUGCCUCUGUUCCUGAGAAUGUGGAGAAGUCUGAAGAAACCUCGAAAAUAAGCACCACUCCUACCACUGAAGACAAAGAGAUUUCUGACAUAGAGGAGUAUAUUAAGCAAUGCCAAGUUGAAGAGCAUCUUGCUUCGUCAAUUGGCGAGGAAAAAUUUAGAGCAGAAAUUGACAGGGUGUUGGAGGAUAACUUGGACUUUUGGUUGAGGUUUAGCACAUCAUAUCAUCAAAUACGAAAUUUCCAAACAUCAUUUGACAAGCUAAAAAAUGAUAUGGAUAAAUUGAUUGAAGCACAGGCACAGAGUGGUGCAGACGGAGUUCCUAUCAGUUAUCAGGUAGCAAAGCUGGAGUCAGCUGUUCUAGAAAAGAAAUUUCGGGAUUUGAACACAGAUCUUCAAGUCUGGAUGGAAAAGAAUGUGCUAUUAAAAGGAGAACUAGAGAACAGGUUUUCAUCACUCUGCAGCAUACAAGAGGAGAUAUCAAAGAUCACAAUUCUGGAUAAAGGCGAUGAAGUUCACUUCACCCCUUUCCAAGCUGCAAAGUUCCAAGGAGAGGUGCUUAAUAUGAAACAAGAGAAUAACAAAGUUGCUAAAGAGCUAGAGGCUGGUCUGGACCACGUAAGAAGCCUCCAAGUGGAGGUCGGCAGGGUGCUCUUGAAGCUCCGAGAAAAUCUUGAGUUAUCUAUAGCAAGAAGCAACCGAGCUCAACAGAACUUCCGUAAGUUGUCAACAAAAGCUGGAGUUCCUCUUAGGACUUUCCUGUUCGGCACGAAGCCAAAGAAACCAUCACUGUUUUCAUGCAUGGGUCCUGGGGUGCAUAAGCAUCAUGGUGGCUCAAGAGCUGGUCGUAGAUGAGAAUGGUUGGAUCAUCAACUAUCUAUCUUUUGACAUUAAUACAGAAGAGAGCUCAGUUGUACCUGUCAAUUGAUAUGUUGUAUAUGUUGUUUUUCAUAGGCCUUAAAUGUAAAGAACCCUGCAUAUCUUAAUCCAAAUUUGGUUCGUCUUGUCCAGUCAUUUCUGCAUUGUUAGCUUGCCUAUGUGACCUUACUGUCAGAACUAAACUUGAUGGAAAUGUAUUAUGUUAAAUUCA